UAGCUUUGCUUGGAGGACUAUACACCAGCAUCUGGAUCAUCCAUUUAAUGUGGCAUUUCUUUAUCAAUGGUUAGACAGAAAAAUCCAUUACAAUUUACAACAACAAAAAGGAAAAAAGAAAAAAAAGCCUAAACUUUCAUUUCAUUGUUUGAUGUGGCAGCAAGUUACCAAUCAUCGACACCAUUAAGCAUCCAUAAAGGUCACUCUAAUCUAGUAAGAGAAACAAAAAGAAAAGGGCAAAAAAAAAAAAAAAAAGAGAAGAAGAAAAGAAAAAACAAACUAAAAGAGAAAGAAAAUAUUGGAAGAAUGAAAGAAUGAAUGAAUGGUAUCCAUCAUUCAAUUCCAUGUGCUUCUCCUCCUCUCUUCAAUCCCCAUAUCUCCCUCUCCUCUUCUCCAUCAAAUUCCUCAUUCCCUUCUCAUCCUCUUUUAAAUUUUAUUACAUAAUUUAAUCCACUUUCUAGGCUUUUGAAAUUUUUUUGUAUCACCAAACCAAAAAGCUGAUCGCAUUCAGAUUGUAUACACAUAUACCCAUAUCAUUUGUUACUUAUUUUGAGAGAUACAGGUUAGAAAGAAAGAAUCUUUAUUCACUUUUCCUUUUUAUUAUCAGAAGAAAAAAAUAUAAAGACUCAAACUUUCUCUCUGAUUCUGAUCCAUUUGGCUUCUCUUUUGACUUGGAAAAACUCUCCUCCCAAUAUAUCUAGAGAGAAAACAAAGUUGUUUUUUUCAAUUUUGUUUUAUUAUUUAGAGAGAGAAACUGGGUAUUAUUCAUAUUAAUGUAAAGAUUGAUAAUUUGAGAAGUAAAAAAAGUGAUUAUUAGAGAGAGAGAUGUUGGCAAUGGAGAAAGAUUUUGACUCGAAGCUUAGGAUUCAGAGCAGCAAUAAUUCUUCAUCCUCUUCUUCUAUUUCUUCUAAUCACAAUAACAACAACAACAACAACAUUGGGAAUGUGCAGAGAUCUAAAAGCUUUGCAUUCAGGGCUCCUCAGGAGAAUUUCAGUAUUCAAGAUUUUGAGCUUGGCAAGAUCUAUGGUGUUGGUUCUUAUUCAAAGGUGGUGAGAGCAAAGAAGAAGGAUACUGGAAUGGUAUAUGCAUUGAAGAUCAUGGACAAAAAAUUCAUCACCAAAGAAAAUAAAACAGCUUAUGUCAAGUUGGAACGAAUUGUUCUUGAUCAAUUGGAUCAUCCUGGAAUUGUGCGGCUAUUUUUUACUUUCCAAGAUUCUUUUUCCUUGUACAUGGCACUUGAAUCCUGUGAAGGUGGAGAACUUUUUGACCAAAUAACCAGAAAAGGUCGUUUAUCAGAGGAUGAAGCUCGCUUCUAUGCUGCGGAAGUAGUGGAUGCUCUUGAAUACAUACAUGGCAUGGGAUUAAUACAUCGAGAUAUCAAGCCAGAGAACUUGCUGCUUACAGCAGAUGGACAUAUUAAAGUUGCUGAUUUUGGGAGUGUGAAGCCAAUGCAGGAUAGCCGCAUCACUGUCCUUCCCAAUGCAGCCUCAGAUGACAAGGCUUGCACAUUUGUGGGCACAGCUGCAUAUGUCCCUCCAGAAGUCCUCAACUCUUCUCCUGCAACAUUUGGAAAUGAUCUCUGGGCACUUGGCUGCACUUUAUACCAGAUGCUUUCAGGAACUUCUCCUUUCAAGGAUGCAAGUGAAUGGCUUAUUUUUCAAAGAAUUAUAGCCCGGGAUAUUAGAUUUCCUAACUAUUUUUCAGAAGAAGCUCGAGACAUCAUUGAUCGGUUGUUGGAUAUAGAUCCCAGCAGAAGACCAGGUGCUGGACCUGAGGGGUAUGCUGCACUGAAAAUUCACCCAUUCUUUAAGGGAAUUAACUGGAAGAAUUUAAGAGAGGAAACACCUCCAAAACUUGCUUUGGAGGCAAUGUCUGGUGACGGUGAGCUUGAUCCUGAUGCUACAUGGAAUCCCACACAUAUUGGGGAUGGUUCAGCAAGACAGAAUGAUGGAACUGGGGGACCUUCGUCGACUGCUGAAGCAUCUGGUUCUAUUACUAGACUUGCUUCCAUUGAUUCUUUCGAUUCCAAAUGGCAACAAUUUUUGGAUCCAGGAGAAUCUGUUUUAAUGAUCUCAAUGGUGAAAAAAUUGCAAAAACUAACAAGCAAAAAGGUGCAGCUCAUUCUCACUAACAAGCCAAAAUUGAUUUACGUGGACCCAUCAAAGUUAUUGGUAAAGGGAAAUAUAAUUUGGUCUGACAAUUCCAAUGAUCUCAGUGUCCAGGUUUCAAGUCCUUCGCAUUUCAAGAUUUUUACGCCAAAGAAGGUAAUGUCAUUUGAGGAUGCAAAGCAAAGGGCAUGGCAGUGGAAAAAGGCGAUCGAGAGUCUUCAGAACCAGUGAAAAUCUGUUCGCGGUUUUGAUAAACAUUCUUUAGCGAUACAAUAUCGUAGAGGAAUCCGGGGAUUGUUAAAGCAGGUAAAAUCCCUGAGGAUUAUUUAUUUAUGCAAGAGAUUGAAGUUGCAGAUUCUGCAUAUAUCAGCUUCUUCAAGGUGUAACAACACUUCCUCAAGCUCUCAAUCCCAGCUGGUUAGAACUGAGUUUGUGAUGAGGGUUUGUUUUCCUGUCCUUUUCUUUAAGCUUUUGUAUGAAUUAAUGUACAAUGUAUCUCCUGAUUUGCAGGGUUUGUAGGGGGGCUAUGGUUCAGAACUUUGUUUAUUGUAUUUAAAGUUACACGCCAUCAAUGAAAAUUUCUUUUCAUGAAA